AUGCCUCAUAAAGCGCAGCGUAAAACAUCUUCUGGAAAUGUAACUAAUGAAGUACUUUUACGUCAUAAGCAAUCUUUACUUUUUAACAAAGGAUCGAAGUUGAUAUCUUUUUUUUCGUCCUCACACAGAGGGUUUGCUCAAUUUCUGUCGAGCAGUGCAUUUGGUUUUUCUAGAAGUGGUGACUCUGUUUUAAAUUAUCGCGAUGCGUUACUUUCUGAUACUUCAUUAUCUUCUAAUUUUUCAAAUGUUGGUUUUUAUAAAGAUGAAAAACAUCUCAAAAACGAAAGAAAGCGCGCUGACCUUCAGUUGAAGCCUUUAAUAAAGAUAUGUAAAAGUGAGUUGCGCAGUAAUAAGGCGUCGCAGUUUGCACCUCUUUUACAUCCAUCACAUUUGUUUGUUUCUCAGCACCCUAAAGGUAAACCUGUUCUUCCAAUUAUUGAGGAUGCUCCUUCAUAUUAUUAUCUUAUUACGACGUAUUUUUCUUAUCUUAUUCUUAUUAUAUUGGGGCAUAUACGUGAUUUUUUUGGCAAGAGAUUUAAAAAACAAAAAUACUGUCAUUUGCGUGCACAUGAUGGAUAUGCAGCUCUUAAUUCUGAUUUUGAUAAUUUCUAUAUUAGACGUCUUAAAAUGCGUUUAAAUGAUUGCUUUAGUAGGCCUACUACUGGUGUACCAGGUAGGAUGAUUACAUUGAUUGAACGUGUUAGUUAUGAUUAUAAUGAAACUUUUACUUUUACUGGAAAUUUUGUUGAAUGCUUAAAUCUUUCUUCAUAUAAUUAUUUGGGUUUUGCACAGAGUAGUGGUCCUUGUGCUGAUUUCGUCGAAGAGGUUAUUAAAAAAUGGAAAUUUAGUAGUUGUGGAGCUAGAUCUGAUGCAGGCACUCUUGAUUUACAUGUACAAUGUGAAGCGUUGGUUGCUCGAUUUGUUGGAAAACCUGCGGCAACAAUAUAUAGUAUGGGGUUUGCUACAAAUGCAACGCUAUUUUCUGCUCUUGUAUCUAAAGGGUGUCUUAUAAUAUCUGAUGAGCUUAAUCAUUCAUCUAUUCGUUUUGGCUCUCGUCUUUCUGGAGCGAGUAUUAAAAUGUUUAAGCAUAAUAAUAUGGAAGAUUUAGAAAAGUUAUUAAGGGAAUGUAUUUCUCAGGGUCAGUAUCGUACACAUAGACCUUGGAAGAAAAUUCUUGUUAUUGUAGAAGGAUUGUAUUCUAUGGAAGGCACUCUUUGUAAUUUACCUGGUCUUAUUGCACUAAAGAAACGAUAUAAAUUUUAUUUGUAUAUAGAUGAAGCACAUAGUAUUGGAGCUAUUGGGCCUCGUGGGCGAGGUGUAUGUGAUUAUUUUUCUAUUGAUCCAUCUGAAGUUGAUAUUUUGAUGGGUACAUUUACUAAGUCUUUUGGUGCUUCUGGAGGAUAUAUAGCAGCGGAUAAGCAUAUAAUUGAUAAAUUGCGACUUUUUAAUGCUGGGUCACUUUUUUCAGAAUCAAUGAGUCCUAUAGUUGUUUCUCAGAUUAUUUCUAGUAUUAAUAUGAUUCUUGAUGAGACUCAAAAUGAAGGACAAAUACGUUUACAGCGUCUUGCAUUUAAUAGUCGAUAUCUUCGUCUUGGACUUAAACGUUUAGGCUUUAUUGUUUAUGGGCAUGAUGAUUCACCUAUUGUGCCGGUGCUUUUAUACAAUCCUGGAAAAAUGCCUGCUUUUUCUCGUUUAAUGUUGGAACGGAAAAUUGCUGUUGUUGUUGUAGGCUAUCCUGCAACUCCUCUUGUAGAAUCGCGAGUUCGGUUUUGUGUUUCUGCUGCUCAUAAUAAAGAUGAUUUGGAUAGGCUUUUAGCUGCAUGUGAUGAAGUUGGUGAUUUGCUUCAGCUUAAAAAUAGUAGUGGUGUUGCUGGAGAAGAUAUUGGUUUAAAACAUAUGGAAUAUGUUCUCAGUGGUGCUUAUAAAGUAUAUCAUCCUCCUCCACGUUGGCAUCUUAAAGAUGUUAUUGAACGAGGUGUGGAAGAUGUUAGAGAUUAA